AUGUAUAAUGGAAUUGGUCUACAGACUGCCAGGGGUAGUGGUACCAAUGGUUUUGUGACUAGAAAUCUCUCCUUUAUUAAGAAACAUAAAGAUAGAAUAGAUUACAAGUCAGAAGAAGAGGUGAAGAAAUUAGAACAGUCCCUAGUAAAACAACCCAACCAAGAUAUACUACAACAUGAAAGGAAGAGAAAAGUAGAAUUGAAAUGUUGUGAAAUGCAAGAAUUAAUGGAGGAACAAGGAUAUUCUAAAGAUGAAAUUGAAGGAAAAGUAUCAGUAUUUAGAAAAAUGUUAAUGGAAAAAGAAGGUGUUACAGAUUCAGCUGUAGAAAAAGAUGAAUUUGGUAGACCAAUUAAAUUCUUGUAUGCAUACGGUAGUUGCAAGACUUGA